AGUUCCACACUUAUAACAAAAUAACUUUUUAUUUUCACUUUCAUCAUUUCCUUUAUCUUCAUUUUGAUGAAUAAUUUCUUUAUGUUCACCUUUAUGGUUAUCCAUAACAUCAUUUUUGUUUAUAUCAUCAGUAACUCUACGUUUUUUCUUUCUCUUUAAACUUUUAUGUUUAUUUUUGUGACUGCUUUUAAAAUCAUCACUGAGAUCACUUUCAUAUAUACUUUCAAGAUUGCUUUCAUAGUCUAUAACAUUAUUUUUCUUUACAUUAUCAACAUCAACUACUCUUUUACGUUUUUUUCCUUGACUUUCAAAUCUCCCCUCGUUAUUAAUUUUACAAACAUUAUCAAUUUUGUUAUCAUUUUCUCCGUGGCCGCUUUCAUACUCUCUUUCAAUACCAUCAAUUUUAUACCCCCUAUGUGAUUUAUCAAUAGAAUCUACCAUCUCGUGAACUUCUUGAUCAAUAAAAGUGUCAAUAUUUCUUGUCAAACCACCUUUAAAUGGCGUUACCAGAUAUUUGAUCAUUAAAUUACAAGUAUCAUCAGAAAAAUUUGGCUUGAAAAUCAACUGCUCUGCUUUGUCAAGCCUUUUAGAAUGUGUUAAUGAUGAAUGUUCCUUUUCAGUCUCAGAGAUAUCUAUAUUUACAUAUUUUGGUGGAAUUCUUAGAAAAUAUCAUUUAAAGGAAGCGUUAAAAUAAAAAAAAUAAGACAAAGAAAAUAAUCUAACCGAAAUUCAUAUUACUUACACUUUCAAUAAUUCCAAUCUUUC